AAUACAGUAUUUAUAAUGGCUCUUCUUCCACCGGAUCCAAAAUGUGACCUUCGAGGAAUUGGCGCAGAAGUCAAUAGCCUUCAUUUUCACUGCAGAGCUCAUAAACCAUGUCCUCCACUUCUUUUCUCUGGGUCAUCUAGUGGGUUGAUUCAUGUGUGGAAUGUAAGUACAAGGAGAACAGAGGCUGUACUAAAUGGACAUGAUAGCAAAUCCGUUUUCUGGAUCCAUACCCUUCACAACAAAGACUCUCUUAUGAGUCAGGGUCGUGAUCUGCAGAUACAUACUUGGAAUUUGGCAGAAGGAAGAAAUGAAGUGACUGACUCUAUUGCUGUAGAUAGUGUUGGUUUUUGCAAGUGCUCCUUAUUAAAUAGUGAGCAUCGUUUACUAGCCAUGCCAGGAAAGGAAAGCUCACAGGUACAGGUUAUAGACCUGGCAUCCAAAAAGAUAUUAGGCUGCAUGGACCCUGCUGCAGACAGCAAGUGCGGAAUGGUGAUGUGCAUAAAACUUUGGCAGCCUAAUUCGGGGUCAAGUCCCUUGCUCAUUGUUGGCUAUGAAGACGGCUCUGUGGUCCUCUGGAAUGUCCUAGAACAGAAAAUAAUGAGCAGAAUUAUGUGCCACAAGGAACCUGUUAUGAGCCUUGACUUUGACUGCAUGAAUGCCAAGGGGGUUUCAGGAUCCUCUGAGAAAAUACUGAGUGUCUGGACUCUUGACGAGCAGCAGAACCUCAAGAUCUGUAAAGCCCAGGGAAUUGUCAAUCCAGGCAUUGCUGAUGUUGCAAUCAGACAAGACAAGAAGAUACUGGCAGCUGCAGGCUGGGACUGCCGCGUUCGAAUUUUCGGGUGGAAGAAGAUGAAGCCAUUAGCUGUUCUCCAGUACCAUUCAGCAAGUGUGCACUGUGUGGCCUUUUCAGAUCAUAUUAUACCUGAAGAACGAUUGCUGGCAGCUGGAUCAAAAGAUCAUCGCAUUAGCAUAUGGUCAAUAUAUUCACAAACGUAGACAAUACGUUUUGUUCACUGCACCAGUAUAUUUUGGCAAAUAUCAUGUAAAGGUUACAGCAAAUA